AUGAAGUUCGCUUACUUUGCAGCACUGCUUGCAAUUGCUUCAGCAGCACAAGUUCCAUUCGAAAUUUCCCAAGCUAAUGACGCUUUCCCCUUUGGUGACAUUGAUAUCAGUGCCUUGACACUUGAACAAGGAUACAACUUGCGACGUGAGUGGAAUAGAAACAGGGUCAAAUUUGGUGAGGCUAAGCUUUUGUCCAUGUACUCGCAAUUCAAGACUCACUUUACUCCACCUAAACACGACUUAACGUAUGAUUUGACAUCAACUUCCACGCCAGAGUUGUUGGGAUUUGAUUCCGUCAAGCAAUAUUCCGGUUACUUUAGUGUCGAAGAAGCAGGCAAAGAAUACUUUUACUGGCUAUUUGAGUCAAGAAACAACCCUGCAGAGGAUCCUGUCAUUUUGUGGUUGCUGGGAGGACCUGGAUGCUCGUCAAACAUUGGACUUGCUUUGGAAUUGGGACCUUCAUUGGUCAACGCCUCAAUAGUACCCGAGUUCAAUCCUUACUCGUGGAAUUCGAACGCGACAGUGGUGUUUUUGGACCAACCAGCACAAGUUGGAUUUAGUACUGGUGGUUCCAUACCAUUUACAACCGAACAGGCGGCCGUUGAUUUCACCAAUUUUGUGGCAUUGUUUCGCCAAAAGUAUCCUCAGUAUGCAGAUUUAGACUUUCACAUUGCUGGGGAAUCGUAUGCCGGUCAUUACAUCCCCAAAUUUGCAGCAAGUGUUGUUGAGGCAAAACUACCUCUCAAAUCGGUGUUGAUUGGUAAUGGUAUAACCGAUGUAUUGAACCAGUACCGUGAGGUUGCCAAUAUGGGAUGUGGCGCGGGUGGAAUUGGACAGAUUUACACAGAUGAAGAAUGCGAGGCGUACGACACGUAUUACAAUCGCUUUGUUCCAUUUGGUUUGCUUUGUUAUGCUCAUCCGAAUCCAGUCACUUGUUUUGUUUCCUUAUUGGCCACUCCUAAUAAGCCAGAUAGUGGAGAUUUGAACCCGUAUGACUCCAGAGUUAAAUGCGGUGAGAGUCCUUUAUGCUACUCUCAAAUCAAUGAUCUUACUGAAUAUUUCAACAUACCAGAGGUGCAAAAGGCAUUGGGGGUGGAGAAGAACUUCACCGCUUGUAAUGGAGAGGUUGGAGCAAACUUUUUAACUGAUCACAAUAUGCCAUACCAACAAUACAUUACUGAAUUAUUGGAGAAAGACAUUCCUGUUUUGAUUUAUGCUGGUGAUAAGGAUUUAGUUUGUGAUUGGUUGGGAAACUUGGCGUGGGUCAAUGAGUUGCCUUACUCGGACCAUGAACUAUUCAAUGCGACAAAGUUUACCCCGUGGGUCACAAAGGACGGUCACAAUGCAGGUGAGGUCAAGAAUUAUAAGCACUUUACGUACUUACGAGUAUUUGAAUCUGGUCAUAUGGUUCCAUUAGACCAGCCUGCAAAUGCGUUAGACAUGGUCAAUCGUUGGGUGAGUGGUGAUUAUUCAUUUGCAUAA